CGUCACUACCAUCAUACCACCACCACCACCACCACUACCAGGCACUACCACAUUAACGUCGCGUCGUGCAUAUGUGUAUGUAUAUACUGUGCGCAGCCGUCGUGCGCGAACCACACGCAUGAAUCCGCGCAAGUGUUGUAUAUGUAUGUACACGCGUGAAAUGAAUGUGUGUGUGUGUGUGUGUGUGCCUUCUCUUGGACGCGAGUAAGCGUCGUGUGUCGUACGUAGAGUACGACGAGCAAGUGUUCCGAUUCUGACACGAUGACACGACCGUGCUGGGAAAACGUGGGACGACAGUGAAUACGUGCGGGCGCGAGUGCUUCUAUAGACGCGUUCGAUCGUGUUUUAUCUUCUAUACUUCGCCGUUGCUCCUACUCCUCGACGCAGGAGGACGAACUCAUCGAAGACCAUCAAUUUCGAAUUAGAGGUCUGCUGCAUUUCAUCGUCGCAGGACACGCCGUGAUCUCGCGUAGGAGAACGGACGGAGUGUAUGUGAGUGUGUGCGUGUGUGUGUGAUGUGUGUGAGUGAGAGAGAGAGAGAGAAAGAAAGAAAAAAGAGUGAGAGAGUGAAAAAGAGAGGGAGAGAAAGAAAGAGUGAGAGAGAGAGAGAGAGAAGUGGAUAUCGAUGAACAUGGUUCGAACGUUUCUGGCCGGUUUUUCAAUGAGCACGAAAGAUCGAGGAUCUUUCGAUACGAGAAUCGUGUCUCUCUCGCGAGAAAUUCGUUAAAUUCUAUGGUAGCAAUAUGUGAAAAGGCACCGCUUCAUUGAGAAGACGAAAUAUCCCGAACGAUGUGCCAGUGAAACUGGCAUGAAAAAUCGUAUUCGUACGUCGGAGAAGCUCUCCGGCAUUGCAAAUGGUGCUUAACCUAACCUUUCGUUCUUCUAUGCUCGUCGUCACGGUUUUUCUCGCUGCUGAGCGCGUUCUUUCGAGAUCUUGCAGGGAACUGAAAUUGGAGAAAGAGAGAGUGAGAGAGAGAGAGUGUGUGUGUGUGUGAGAGAGAGAGAGAGAGAGAGAGAGAGAGAGAGUGAGAGAGUGUCUAGGACACCGAGAUCGGACUCCUCUUUUGCAUUCGUAAUUGUACGUUAAUCUUUCUUCUUUAUCGAAGAACAUCGAUUUUUUUUUCAUCUCCUCGAUAUAUAAAGUCGAUCGUGCGAUUACAAUUCUAGCUUCCUCUUUUUUUUUCUCCCCCCUCUCUUUUCUCACUUCGUAAUUUUUCUUCCUUCAUAGUUACCAGAUAUUCUAUCGCGAAGAAACGAUUUUGAUCUCCAAUCAUUUUUUAAUAAGCUUUUCCAAUCGACCAUUUCAUAUCCAAUACAGAGAACAGCUUUCUUUAUUUUUAAAGUUACAUAUGCAUUGAUAUUUAAAUUAAAGAUGAUUCUUGAUAUAAUAUGAUAUCAUACUGACAGAAAGUUUCUUUUGUAUCUAUUUGAUUUAUCAUAUUAAAAAGUUAUUGAAAUUUAUUGAAUCUCUAAUGUUUGUCGUUCAACAGCAGUGAUUGUGGUGUUAUUCAUGUCAGUAUUCGAUGGGAAUGACAAAAAUGAGAAUGUAAGGGAGAUAUUUUGAAUGCUAGGUCUUCGUCCUUUGUUUGAGAAUUACAAAUUCGAUAGUCUUUAUGAAAUCUUUGAUUUUUGAAUAAGUGUAUGAAGAGUAGCAUUUGUUAAUGUUUUUGUGUUGUGCAAUGUGGUUCCAUAAAACAAAGCUCUAAUUUUGUGUAAGCUGACAUUUCAAUACUUGUGUCAAGCUGGUGCUGGCGGUGGUGGUUACAUAGUGACGUUACAACCUGAUUGUGACAGAGAAUUAUCAAAUGUUAUGGAAGAGAGAUAAAAAGUCUCCAUGAAAUGGAUAAUAAAAGGAACACAUGCUCUGGGAAUUGAUGGGUAUAUGCUUUUCCUGCAGGAGACCUACUAGCAGCAGGUUGAACAGUAAGAUCUCUGAGCACAUUUCGGCGUCGGUAACUCCCCUCCAUGUUUGUCUGGAGGAACAAAGAGGACCAGAACUGGGCUUAUGUGACGCCUCAGCUCACAAGCCACAGGUCAAAAAGGUUUUUGAAAAUUACAAAGCACAAGAAGAGGCUGCAGAGGAAAAAUUGGAGAUUGGAUUAGUUGUAAUUGAUAUUGGAGAGGUGGAGCAAAACCAGUCGAGUAUGGCCAAUACUAUUAGUAAUAUGAAAAUGACUAACCCCAUAAAGGGGCUUGUCAGUAAACGUCGUAAACGUUUCAAAGAAGAUGGCUUCGAUCUUGAUCUCACAUAUAUACGAGAUAAUUUAAUAGCUAUGGGAUUUCCUGCUGAAAAGUUGGAAGGAGUAUACAGAAAUCAUAUUGAUGAUGUUGUCAAACUGCUAGAAUCUAAACAUAAGGAUCAUUAUAAAAUUUAUAACUUAUGUUCCGAGAGAUCCUACGAUUUUAACAAGUUUAAGCAAAGAGUUGCUACGUAUGCAUUCGAUGAUCACAAUCCACCAAGGUUGGAACAAAUUAAGCCAUUUUGCGAAGAUGUACACACGUGGCUUUCUUUGCAUAAAGAAAAUGUAGCAGUAGUUCAUUGUAAAGCAGGUAAAGGACGAACUGGUGUUAUGGUAUGUUGCUACCUUCUUCACAGCAAACAGUUCCCCACUGCCACAGAAGCUCUUAACUAUUAUGGUACCAAAAGAACACACGAUAGGAAAGGAGUAACAAUACCUUCCCAAAGGAGGUACGUGGGUUAUUAUGCUACUCUCGUUCAAGAGGGUCUAAAUUACCAGCCAAUUACAUUAAUUCUACGGAAAAUUCAAUUGGAUCCAGUUCCCAUUUUUAACGGGGGCCAAGGCUAUCUGCAUUUUGUAAUAUCUGAAUCAAAUAAGAAGGUAUUUAGUUCAGAAGUUCAUGAGGUACGAAAAGGAAUGCAUUCUAUUUGUAUUCCAUUACAACAUAAUGUGGCUCUAACAGGUGAUAUUCGAGUGGACUUCUAUAACAGGCCAAAAAUGAAAAGAAAGGAAAAGCUGUUCCACUUUUGGUUUAAUACAUUUUUUGUACGUGAUCAUGUUUUAUCUGAAUACGAUAACGGGGAAUUACCGGUUGAACGAUCGACGAGGGCAUUGAGUUGCGAUGGUACAGCCAUGGAAUUACCGAUGGUCAUGUCACAUGUAAAACCCCGAACAGGAUCUCUAGCUAGCCUUGGACCCAUGCCACCUACUCUUGUUUUGAGUAUAGACAAGUGGGGCUUAGACGACGCACAUAAAGACAAACAUCACAAAAUCUACAGUGCAGAUUUUAAAGUUAGUUUAUUUAUGCACCGAGUUGGUGGAAGUAAUUCGCCGGCUGUGCCAGCGACAACGAAUAGGUUGGGAGAGGGUCUACAAAUAGGAAUGGGUGGUCAGGAAACGCCCAGCGAAUCCAGUGAAGCGGAUAGCAGUGAAUGCGAUACAACGGGAGAUGAAGAUGGUUGGGAAUCUGGUGAGUCUUCUGCAUCUCUGGUGGUGAAUCACCACAAUCUUACACACAGCAGUAGCCAUACACAUGUUAAUACCCACCAAAGAACUAGUCUCAGAGAAACAGCUAAAGGUUUACUCUCACGUGGAGAUAAAAGUAGGAAUAGCCCUAGGCAAAGCACUGCUAGUGUAAAACGUUCUUCAACAUUUAUUCGUUCAUCCACGUUAGAUACAUAGUCGAUUCGUUGAUCUUGGAAACUCUUAGAAACUGAGUUCUUUCAACUAGCAUUAUACUUUGCAGAUUUACGUAACUUCAGUUUUUAAGUUUCAAAAGAUUUGUAGUGUGUGUGUGUGUGUGUUUAUAUACAUUGUACAUACAUACAUAUACACACAUAUAUGUAUGUAUAUAUGUAUGUAUGUAUAAUGUAUGUAUGUAUAAUAGUAUACACACAUGCAACACAUACUCUAUUUUAUACACACACACAUACACGCACACUAUUGCUUGAUAAGAGAGUACAAUCUAAAGACAUUUAUUAUUUGACUUUUCCGCACUAUUUCAGCAUGAAAUGUGGUAAAGCAUCUACCAAAAAUGCAUAAGGAUCCUUUUUUAUUUUGAUCAUGGUUGGAAAUACUUGCAAUCCCGUUUUUUAUGACGUAUGCUUUUUUUUCUCAGUUAGAAUAAAUAUUGUCAAAAUAUAUCAAUCUUUCAUUGAAAAAUUUUUUAUUGAUCUUGCAAGUAGUAAUGAGAAAUCUCUUGGUUGAUUGUAAUGGGAGAAUACAAACAAAAUUUUACUUUAGAUAAUCUUCUUUAUUUUUUGUUACAAUAAUGAAAUUGUGUCAAUACGUAUUUAUGAAAGUGAACACAACAAUAUUUACAGACAUAAUCUCUCCGCCCCCUCCCCUCUUUUUUUUUUGGAUUUAUCUUAAUCUAUUUUUUCAUGCAAAGAGUAUGGUACAUAUUAAAAGUAUAUAAAUCUUACCACAGCACAAAGUUAGAAGUUUUUGUUGCACUAUUAUAUUAUUUGCAUGUCUUACAGCAACUCCUUGCCUUCUUUGGGUAUUGGGGAUUAUUAACAACUAUUGAUAAGUCAUUAAGAAUCUAUUUUUAAUUGAUCCUCUUAUUGAUUAUUCUAUCUGUUUCUACAGUAUUAAGUGUUUAAUUCAAUUUAUUUUGAACAACUUUAUAAAAUUACUUGUGGAAUUAUCAAAUAGGAUUAUUGUAAAUAGUAAAUUUUCAACGUGGUAGUUCUUGCUUCUAAACAAGUUUGUAACUUCCAUGUGACAUUCAUAUACGAUAUAGUACAUUUAAAUCAUCAAAUAUGUUUGUUGAAUUUCUAACUAUACAACCAUAUAGUAGAAUUACAAACAUUAUUGAUUUUAUUAGUUUAUAACAUAAGAUGUCUAUAUCUGCUCAGGCAUAAGAACACUUGUCAAAUUUAGAUUUCUAUUUCUAUUAAAAGUAGAGAGUGUAUCUUGAUAAUAUAUAUAUAUAUAUAUAUAUAUAUAUAUAUAUAUAUAUAUAUAUAUAUAUAUAUAUUAUAUAUAUAUAUACAUAUAUAUAUAUAUAUAUUUUAUAUAUAUAUAAAAUAAAAAAAAAACCGUUAUAGUGAUGAUUAGUACUUUGGAAAUACCAAAGUCAAUUUGUGUAUAGACUGCUAUAAAUAUUUAUAAUAAGAGUUUGUAAAAUAAUAUUGACAAUGAUAUAUGUAUCAAGAGAUUUCUUCUGUCUUAUUUUUCUUUCUUUUUCUUUUUUUCUAUUUUUAUCUUUUAAAAAAAUUUUUCUAAACUAUUCAUUAGGCUGUGCAAUGUAUAAACUUUUUCCCCUCGAUAUUUCCUAUACAACCAAACAUUAAUUUAGCAUCAAAAUACAUUUUAUUUAAUAAUAAUAAUAAUAAUAAAAAAAAUCUGUAUUUCAUAGAAUACACUACAUCUUGAUAAUUGAAUUAAAGAUUUACUAAAGCAGUAAAGCGUUACAUCUGGAAAUAUUUAAAAGAUACCUGAUAAAAAUAUGCUAAUUUAAAAAUAAUAAGUAUCUUCAUUGCACAUUUUAUUAUUUAGUUAUAGAGAUAUAAUUAUUGUUAUCAAAAGAUAAUCUCUGUCACAAAUAUUGAACAGCACGUAUCGGUAAGAUACGUGAGUAUUUAUAAAUACUAUAAAAUAUACAGUUUUAAAGAGCGGUCUUAAAAUUGAUAUUUUAUAUAUGUUCAAAUAUGUGAUUAUUAAUAUGAAAACUGUGUGCCUGUCUGCAAAGUGAGAACAGGGAAAAUUUAAUUCUUAUUUUGAAUUGUAUAAAUUUAAAUUAUAUUAUUAAAUUAGUAAUUUUCAGUUAGGCUGGUGCUUACUUAUUUUAAGCAAAAGUUGAAAAAUCAGUUUAUAAGGGACCUACAGAAUUCAGAUUUAAAGAAAAAAAAUCAGAAUUUAGUUUAUCAACGAGGAAUACUGCACAUGAGUUAAAAUCGUCUUUCUACCGUUUAUAUAUAUAUAUAUUUCUCUUUUUAAUAUAUACAAAGAUCACAUACAAUUUUAGCUUAGUUUACUGUUGAAAAGCGAUUAAUGAUGUUUAAGUACUACAAAUUGAUGAUAAGCAAAAUGAAGUCUGGCUUUAGGGUCAUUAUUGGUUAGAAAUAAUUGGAAUUUGAUUCUAGAAGCAUGUUUCUAAAAUGUUGUUUGCAUGAAUUUAUUGUAAUAUUGAUUUUUCAGUUUUGAUAUAUGUGUAAAUUUUUUUUUUUUUUUUUUUUAAUAAACGUCCUCUAUUUAAAAGCUAUUAUUUGCAGGAAAUUAUUUUUCAUUAUAUAUACUAAUUUAUAUUACACAUAAUCUAUCUACAUAAAAAUGACAUAUUAUGUUUCUAUAUGUCAUAAAAUUAAUAAUAAUGUGUGUAUGUAUGUAUGUGUAUAUAUAUAUAUGUGUGUGUGUAUGUAUAUAUAUAUCAUACUUUCAAAGUUAUAUUACAUAAAAAAUUUAUGAAGUUAUAUGAGAUAUAUAUAGAAAUUAAUAAAACUUUUGUAUAAAUCAAAUGAAUAGUACAAAGGUGUAUUACAUUAAUACGUUUUUAUCCUUUAAAAAAAGGGAAAAAAAAAGAAAAAAAAAAGAAAAAAAAAAGAAUGAAAAAUAUGACAAGCAACAUAAUUCAAUAUAGUGUAAGAGUCUAUAAAAAAAUAAAUCUAAUUUUUAGAAGGGUAUCCCUGAAGCCAGCAUCGUUCGGUUUUCGUUUACCCAAACACAACAAUCUUGUAAAUAUGUAAUGUUAAUUACUGUAGAUGUAUUAGUAACAAAUGAUUUUUGACAAUAAUAUAUAUAUAUACCAUUUGCAAGAUAUUGGGCCUAUAUGUUCACAUACAUAAGUAUUUUGUCUUUUUUUUUUAAAUAUUCCUUAUUAGUCAUUAGUACUUUAAAUUUAACACUGCUUUUUACAUUGUAUAAAUGUACAGUCGAAGAUACAAUUUUAUACUUCUGAAAGUAAAAUGCACGAUUAUCGUCAAUCUGCAAAACAAAAAAUUUAUAUUUUUCCUUAAUGCUUUUUUAUACAGUUUUAAAAAUUGCCUGUAACAUUGAAAUAUCAGAGCCCUAUGACAUUUAUAAUUUUGUUCUAAUCCUUGUAUUAUAUUGCAUGUUAGUAAUUUAUAAUAAAAAAAAAGAAAUAAAAAAAAAAAAAAAAAAAAAAAAAAAAAA